AUAGUAUUUUAGGAACAAAAAAUGAACAAAUUAAAGACACUAUCAUAAUUCCCAUGUGCAACCUCCUUAAGCAUUUUUUUAUAAAAAUAACUUUAAAGUGUGAUUUUUAAUUUAAGAUGGUUAAAAGUGUCCUUAACCGGUGCCCGGGGCACUAGUUAACAUUUCCAUUUGUUUAAUUAUAAGAAUGGGGAAUAUUGAUCUUUUAAUAGGGAUGCUAAUUGAGAAGAAAACAAAAUAGGGAUGUUAACCGGGUGUAUUUGAAUGGAGGGUUUAGGAGGCUAGUCUGGGGGGUUUAUUUAUCAUUUUUAAAUUACGAACACUAUAAAAUAUUUUUUAAAAAGUUAACAUAUUAACAUGAUAAACGAUCAUAUAAUACUUCAAUCACACUUGAUAUAUUUUAAAAAAACAUGUUAGCUAUCUUUCUUGAUUGCACACCUAAUUUAUGUUAAAAUAUUUUUCCAUAAUACAUGAUAGCUUUUGGUCUUUCGUCAAAAAAGAUAGUUUUUGGAUGUUAGCUAAAGCCGAAAAGAAUAAUAAUUCUUCAAAUACACACAAUCACACACGGUCAAGCUGAAACAAUGUCUAGUUUUUCAACAAUCUAAAACUGUCAUUAAGUGAAGUUUGGCUUGGUACUACAUCAUUUCCAAUCUCCUUGUUCUAAGUUUUAUGUGUCCAAUAUAUUCACAUGUUACUAUAUAUGAUGCUUUAUUUUGCUAGUGAUUCUAUAAGGCUCAACUACACAAUCAAGCUUUUGCAGGCCUUCUUCAUCAGAUAACAUGGAGCCACAAUGUGCAAUCAAGAAAGAUGUCACUGAAUUAAUAGGGAACACACCAUUGGUAUAUCUAAACAACAUUACAGAAGGGUGUGUAGCUCGUAUUGCUGCUAAGCUAGAGUACUUGCAAUCUUGCUGCAGUGUCAAAGAUAGGAUAGCAUUGAGCAUGAUUGAAGAUGCUGAGAAUAAAGGUCUCAUUACUCCUGGAAAGAGUGUUCUUGUUGAGCCAACAAGUGGUAACACCGGCAUUGGAUUGGCGUCGAUAGCAGCAAUGAGGGGCUAUAAACUUUUAGUGUCAUUGCCAUUUUAUGUGAGUCUUGAGAGAAGAAUUCUACUCAGAGCUUUUGGAGCUGAGGUAUAUCUAACAGAUCCUGCCAAAGGAAUAGAUGGUGUUUUUGAGAAAGCGGAAGAGCUAUUAGAGAAGACGCCUAAUAGUUAUAUGUUCAAUCAAUUUGAAAAUCCUGCCAAUCCGAAGAUUCAUUAUGAGACCACUGGCCCUGAGAUUUGGAGAGACACUGGAGGGAGAAUUGAUGCUUUGGUUGCAGGGAUAGGAACUGGAGGAACAAUAACAGGUGUUGGGAAGUUCCUUAAGGAGAAAAACCCAGAGAUCAAGGUGUAUGGUGUUGAACCAACUGAAAGUCCAGUUCUGAAUGGAGGAAAGUCAGGCAAUCAUCGAAUCCAAGGGAUCGGUGCUGGUAUCAUUCCUCCUGUUCUGGAAGUUGAUCUCCUAGAUGAAGUUAUUCAGGUUUCAAGUGAAGAAGCUAUAGAAACUGCUAAGCUGCUUGCCUUGAAAGAAGGUUUACUGAUGGGAAUUUCAUCAGGAGCUGCUGCAGCAGCUGCAAUAAAACUAGGGAAGAGACCAGAAAAUGCAGGAAAGCUCAUUGUUGUGGUUUUUCCUAGUUCUGGAGAGCGUUACUUAUCUUCAAUACUUUUUGAGUCUCUCAGGCAUGAAGCUGAACAAAUGACAUUUGAUUGAAAUGCAUAACUAGUCAUUCUCAUUCAACCUCUACAAGUCACAAGUUGUCGUCUAAAAUAAAUUGAACUGCGUUUUGAUCAACACUUUGUUGAAUAAUAACGUUUGGAAUCAAAUGAACAAUUACUUUGAAUUUUGUAAUAAAUUGUAAUGAAAUCAACCCUUGCAUUAGUUGAUUUUAGGCUUUGAAAUAGCUUAUUUUCUUAAGCUUCAA